CGGAGGGGCAGGUGCUUGGCAGCUGUGCGGGGCAGCCUCAGGUUCCGGGGUGGAUUUCCACGCAGCGCUGAGACCCCCAGGGGGAUAAAGAGCAUCGGAACCUUAAGACUCCGCCUGCUGUGGGUGAACCUCGUGAACCCUUGUGUUGUCCCUAGGAGAACCCGCAUCGCACCUGCACAGCUGUCCCCGGCAGUAAGGCUCCUGAAAUUUAUCGUUGAGGCUGCAUUUGGUGGAACAGCAAUCACAAUUGUGACCAUGGGCAAGAGCAGCAAGAUGCCGCAGCACCAUGACGAUCGAAUGCCACGCGUCCCCCAGAGCGCCGGAUCUUCACUGACACCUCUGAGGCCUUUUGUCCAGCCAAGGAAUUUGGUCCGCUGUGACUGUGAGGAGUUCAGGAAGACCAAGCCAAGGAGUGCAGAGCAGCCAGAAUGGGAAGAAAGCGGUCCUGGGUCUGUCUUGGUACCCGUGUGGGUGGAAGGGCCGCCCCUGAGCACCCCAGCCCAGUACCCACCAGAAAGGGGGCUUCACCGCUCCGGGAGGCGGAGCAGCCCCACCUCCAGUCACUGCGGCUCCUUCUGAGACCACCAUGGGCCCGACAUGGGCUUCCUCCUGCUCGAGGGACACCAACAGGCAUGGCUCUCCAGGAGUGAGACCAGGUCUGCCUCCCCAAGACCCUGGGAUGCUGUUGAUCCGUCUCAGUUACUC